UCAAAUAGUUUCAAACACACAACCCACACCCGUACACACCCAAUAAAAAAAAAAAAAAAUUUCCUUCCUUUCUUUCUUCUCUUCCAGAAGCGUCAUCGUCUCACAAUCAAAGCGGCCAUGGCUAGGGCUCCAAGCAAGCACGGUCGCGACCAAGCCCUGGAUUUCCAGGGGUUUUUGAGUGACUUGCAGGACUGGGAGCUUUCACUCAAGGACAAGGAUAAAAAAAUGAGGCCACAAGAACCCAACAAGGAAAUUCCGAAAUCAGGAGAUUUUGGAACUAGUUCCUACUCGAGGAAUUAUGAUCCAAUCAACACUAUAUCCAGUAGUUUCGGUUCUGAAGAUAGUCUUCCAGAUGCUGCUUCGGAAAAGGACUUGGGUAAUGAGUAUUUUAAGCAGAAGAAGUUUAAGGAAGCUAUUGACUGCUAUUCAAGAAGCAUUGCCUUAUCUCCAACUGCUGUAGCUUUUGCAAAUAGGGCAAUGUCAUAUAUCAAAAUCAAAAGAUUCCAGGAAGCCGAGAAUGACUGUACGGAGGCCUUGAAUUUGGAUGAUCGCUAUAUAAAAGCAUACUCACGACGUGCGACAACUAGAAAAGAACUGGGAAAACUUAAAGAAUCUAUUGAGGAUGCAGAGUUUGCUCUGAGGUUGGAGCCACAUAACCAAGAAAUCAAGAAACAAUAUGCUGAGGUCAAAUCUUUGUAUGAAAAAAGAAUUCUUCAGAAAAUUUCUGAACAAGAAAAGCAGAAAGUGGGAAAGUUGGAUACCAAAGUGAAUGGACACAGCAUCCAGACUGUUUCUAGUAGUACUCAAAGGACAGAAAUGACUGCAGUUGUGGAUCACACUAAGAAAAUUAACACAAGUGGAAAGCAAGCGUCGAAGGUAUCGGUACAGGAGCUUGCUUCUCGAGCUGCUUUGCGAGCCAAGGUUCUAGCUGCAGAAAACAUCACACCACCAACUUCAGCAUAUCAAUUUGAGGCUUCUUGGAGAGGACUCUCUGGAGAUCGUGCUCUUCAGGCUAAAUUUUUGAAGGCUAUAUCUCCCAGUGCACUGCCGCAGAUAUUCAAAAAUGCUUUGACUGUUCACAUACUAGUUGAUAUCAUCAAGUGUGUGACAACCUUUUUUAUGGACGAAAUGGAUUUGGCGGUCAACAUUUUGGAGAACUUAACUAAGGUUCCUAGAUUUGACACACUCGUCAUGUUUCUUUCAUCCAACGACAAGGCUGAUCUUGCUAAGAUAUGGGAUGAAGUGUUCUACAAUGAAGCAACCCCCAUUGAGUUUGCUGAAAAGCUUGAUAACCUGCGUACAAAGUACUGCCUUAAGCGAUUAUGAAAUGCAUUGUAAAACAGAUAACUUGAGCCAUCAAGUUUUUGCCUUCACUCUACCUGUGCUGUAAAUUGAAUUGGUGAAAUUUAGUAAUGCUCCAGCAGGGAAGUCACUUUCAUGACUGCAAGUCUGCCAAAUUCAACAAAGAUGCAUAUUUGAGAAUGGAAUUCUUGUGAUUAUUGUUGGAUA